AUGAUACAUUGUGCAUGGAUUCCUACCAGAGAGCUCUUAUCUGAUCAGCUGAAGGUGAUACUCUGCUUGGCAGCUGUAUGGGUAACUCCCUGCAGUACUGAGCUGAGUGGGUCAGACUCACCGUGCCGCAGUCACAUCACCAAGCCUGAGUAUGAAUACAAAUACAUUCAGGAUGGAGAUAUCAUCAUUGGAGGAGCAUUCACUGUGCACAAUAACAUAAAAUAUGUUUAUAAUGGACCUGUUACAUCCUUACCCAUCUGCACAGAGCCUUCUUUAGACCGGUAUAAGCAAAUCCGCACCUUCCUCUUUGCUAUUGAUGAGAUUAACAGGAACCCGGAUCUGUUACCCAACAUCACCCUGGGAUACCGUGUAUAUGAUUCCUGUGGGGAUCCCCGUCUCGCUAUAGGGAGUGUCCUGCAGAUAUUAUCUGGCCCUGGGAAUGUGGUGCCUAAUUACUCCUGUAGGGGCAAAGGGGAAAUUGCUGGAUUUAUUGGAGAUCAGUCCUCACUCACAUCCCUGCCUAUAGCCCAGCUGCUGGGUGUAUAUGGAUACUCACAGAUCAGCUAUGGCACCACAGACCCUACACUGAGUGACAGAGAGAUGUUCCCAUACUAUUUUAGUACAGGGCUGAGUGAUGAUAUUCAGCACAUUGCUGUGGCAGAGCUGGUGGAACAGUUGGGUUGGACCUGGGUGAUCAUUGUGGCCCCCGAUAAUGACAGCGGAGAGAAGCAGAGUCGGAACCUUCAAAAUGAGAUCAGCAAACAUGGCGCCUGUGUUGACAUCAUUAUCUUUAUUACAGAAGAUGCUGACACAAAUAAGAGAAAUUUUGAAAGAAUACGAAUAUCAACUGCUGAGGUUAUUGUCCUGUGUGGGGCACCGUCUAAUUCAGUACAACAAUCACUAUGCGCUCUGGAGUCAGUGACUCAUGAAAAGACUUUGGUCAUUACAUUGUCAUGGGGUGACUAUGAAUAUGAUUGUAACCUUUUAUUUAAUGCCAGUUUAAUGUAUUUCUAUCCAUAUAACCUAAUUGAAGAAUUAGAUACCCAGUUCCAUGAUUAUGUCUUAUCAGUUACUGAAGACAAUAUGGAAAAUUGUUUCACAUGUGAAGACAAUGAGUGGCCAAAUCAGGAGAAGACCCUGUGUAUUGAGAAACAAAUUGAAUUUCUUUCCUAUGCUGGUGAUCCCCUAACUCUAAUCUCUAUUAUCUCAUCUGUAAUCCUUUUUAUAAUAGCAGCAGUUAUACUGGGAAUCUUUAUUUCAUUCCGAGACACCCCAGUAGUGAGAGCCAAUAAUCACACUCUGAGCUUUAUUCUCCUUGUCUCCAUCAAGCUGAGCUUCCUCUCUGUGUUUCUGUUCCUCGGUCGCCCUGUGGAUAUAACCUGCAUGCUCCGGCAAACCUCCUUUGGGAUCACCUUCUCCAUAGCUGUGUCUUGUGUCCUGGCCAAGACUCUCAUGGUUUCCAUUGCAUUCAAAGCCACCAAGCCUGGGAGUCCCUGGAGAAAAUGGGUUGGGGUAAAACUGGCAAAUGGGCUUGUUUUUAUUUGCUCAUUAAUUCAGUUUCUGAUUAGUGUUAUCUGGUUGGUCAUUGCACCCCCUUAUGUGGAGCAAAACACACAUUCUGAACCUGGAAAAAUCAUCAUUCAGUGCAAUGAGAGCUCAGUAGUUGCCUUCUAUGUUGUCCUCUCCUACAUGGGACUGUUGGCAUCUGUGAGCUUCAUUGUAGCUUUCUUGGCUCGGAGCUUACCGGACAGUUUUAAUGAGGCCAAGUACAUCACUUUCAGCAUGCUGCUCUUCUGCAGUGUUUGGAUCACAAUGAUCCCGGCCUAUCUGAGCACCAAAGGCAAAUACAUGGUGGCAGUGGAAAUAUUUGCCAUCAUCUCUUCAUCCUGUGGCCUUCUCUUCUGUAUAUUCCUACCCAAAUGUUACAUUAUUUUAUUCAAACCAGAGUUGAACUCAAAACAAUAUUUGUUGGGAAAAUAUAAUACAUAA